AUGCAACGUUUUCUGUCCGACGCAGAAGCGACAUUCCCGGCGAGAUUAGGUCCAGGGGGCAGGAAUGCUGUUGCUGACUUUGAUCAUGGAGGAGAUAGUAGCUGUUUAACCACGCACGGCGAAGAUCUGGUCUUUGAAUGUGAACCGCAUGAGGAUGAGCACAACUCGCUUCAUGAGUACAUGUCCUCCUUCAAGACGCCAAGAAGAACUGGGAAAGGCCGUGCGCGCCAUGAGACUGGCAUGGAAGCAGAUGGAAAACACUUGGAUGAGGCAGAUGCUGAAAUGAACCUGGAAGGCAUUGGUGCUCUUUUUGACGACCAUCACAAUGACGAGAAAGCAAAACUAGCAGCCAAGAGAUACGUAAGGGCAACGAAAGGAAGGCGAAGCGGCUUCCCACAUUCUCAGGAAGACCAACUUUUGAACAGCGACAAACGACGGAUCGCGAGACAUCUGAGACGAGCUAUCAAGGACAUGGAGGAUGUCACUGAUACCUUGAAGAUGGUGGCGGAUAUUGUCAAUAACUAG